UAUCCCUUUGAUCUUUUGACCCAUCUCUCAGUAACUACAACCUACUUGGAAAUACCUGGGUGAUAUUUCUGUUUCUCUAUUUCCCUUCUUUUUUCCCUUACUGUUCUCUCGCUUGUAUCCACGUCCGUAGUUACCCCCCGACACUCGAAACGCCACGCUUGAAUUCGGACGCGUUUCCUCCCCCCCUGACCUCUUUGUCCCCUACAUCACUCAUGUCAUGAUAUCUACUCCAUCAGUAGCAUUUCCUGUCAUGGAGGUUCCCACGCUUGAUGACUCGAUGGAGAUGGCCUCUCCGUAUCAAGGCCAUGCCGAUGACUUUGACAUCGACAUCGAUAUCAUGGAGGAUCAGGCCUCGAACGCAGAUAGAGACAUGACUGCAGUUGAUGAAUACAUAGAAUCGAUCGACGGUACAGAAUACAACCAGGAAGGGACAAAGGACGCGGACAUGAUCGAUGACGCGGAGUCGGUCAUGAUCGAUGCCGAAGACCACUACCAGGAGAACGACUAUAACAUGGAGAUGAAGGACGAAGACAAAUCCUACGAAGCCGAUAUGCUGGAAGACGACUACGAUGAGGAUAUCGAUGCUCCUGUCUCGGAACAACGAGAAGAGCCCGCCCCGCCUGUUGAACGUGAACACCACCAGCCCCCGGCACCGACCGAGACCGACGUCGAUAUCGAAGAGAUUGAAAAGCCCGCCGAGACAACACAACCGGAAAUCACAGUGGAACACGUGGAUGAGCCCAGCGUGGAGGUAAAUCAAGGACAGGAACAAAUUGGUGAUCAAAAAGAGUCUGGUUCCGCGGCACAGGGAGUAGAUGCACCUGCAUCCUGGCACGCGGAGGAAAGCCGCGACGGAACUAACGCAGAUAGUCAAGGAGGCUCACGGGAAGCAUGGAGUAGUGGCCCUAUUGACCACGCUGCAAGUCCUAAAGUCUCACAAAAUGCAGACAGUGCUGAGGUGGAAGGAUCGAAUCUAGCCGAAAAGAAUGAAGAGCGGGGAGUAUCACAGGAUAAUGAGGAAGAGAAGAAGGCACCUGCGUCAGGGGAGGUCGAAGCUCAAAAUGAGCAAGAAGCAGCACCGCAGCCCAAUACGACUGGGGAUUCUUCAUUAUAUCCGAUCAAAGUCUAUUACCAGGAGAAUGAAAUCUCCUUGUUUCCACCCCGGGAAGGUGACGCUUCGGAGACAUUCUUUCUCGAAGAUGAGUCACUUGCGCAUGGACCUUUCACAAAACUCUUUGAAUCCUGCCGUGCAGUGCUUCGGGACCACAUUGGAGAUAAUGAAGUCCUAGUGAUGGACGUGGAUGCCUUGAAUCUCCAACUAAACGAGGAUACCUACGACACAUCGAAGGUGACAUUGAAUCAGAUCGUUCAUUUGUAUCUGCAACUGUGCCAUAACGAUGGGAUUGAUGAGCCUGAGGCGCUUUACCUUACGCUGAGCACGAGAUUGACCCUUGCCGGUGCAAUGUCUGAUCUUCUCUUAGCUGCAAGCGAAGGGAAAGGCCUCUCCGAAGUCAACUCUUGGGAUGAAUAUAACGACACGGAUGCAGCCGAAGCAGAUUUUCUCGAACAGGCGCAGGUGCCUACAUCCGAGCAACACGUCCAGCACACCACUGAGCAGCAAGAGCUCCCCUUUGAAGCCCACGAUGCUUCCGACGCCGAAUCGCAUGCUCCAACGCAAAAACCUACGGACACUCAGGAUGAGGUCCAGCAAGGGGAUCGAGAAGAGCGUCAGGAAGAGUAUGAAGAAGAGCAUGAAGAGCAUCAGAACGAGCAUCAAGACGAGCAUCAAGACGAGCAUCAAGACGAGCAUCAAGACGAGCAUCAAGACGAGCAUCAAGACGAGCAUCAAGACGAGCAUCAAGAACAGCAUCAAGAACAGCAUCAAGAAGAGCAUCAAGAAGAGCAUCAAGACGAGCAUCAAGACGAGCAUCAAGAACAGCAUCAAGAACAGCAUCAAGAAGAGCAUCAAGAAGAGCAUGAGGAAGAGCACGAGGAAGAGCAUCAAGUAGAGCACCAAGAAGAGCAUGAGGAAGAGCACGAGGAAGAGCAUCACGAAGAGCAUCAAGAAGAGCAUCAAGAAAAGGACCAGGAAGAGGACCAGGAAGCUGGUGAUAUUGACAAUCGCUUCCGUGGCUGCCGUUGAUCAGCAACCUCUUUCUGAGUCGAAAGAUGAGCAACAGCCUGCUGAUGAAUCUGCGCAUAUUGCUGGUGACGCUCAGCAUAGCUCUGAAGCUCA